AUGACUCUCGUGAAGGUCCCGUUUACUCCCGAGCCUUACCCUCCUGGGUCCUCGGAAAGACUUGAAGGUAUUACUCAGGAAAGUAGUCAUUGCUGGACACCUUUAUUUCAGCAUAAAUGUUCAUUUCCACCGGAGAUCUUUUCGCAAGUCAUGCUGAAUUUAAUUCGAAAUCCAAAUAUCAAUUCCAACCAUCUAUUUCGAGCCGAUAUCUCUUUAGAGCAGCCAUUCAAUGAAAAUUUCCAAAAUGAUGCUUCAAUUCCUGCGAGGAUUGUUCAGUUCCGCAACUAUACUCUACAGAAAGUGAUGGUAAGAACUAUGAUACCCAGGAACAUUCUAAAAGAUAAGCCACUCGAUCAAACGUGUCUUUUCUAUGCGAAUACUACAGAUACAGGGGAAGUUCAAUCUCUGGUUAUUUAUCUCCCUCAUAUAUCAUCACCUGAUGAAUCGCCAUUUUAUCACCCUGGAGUUUACGGAAUUGCUUUCCAGCACACAUUCAAUCCUGUCACACAGGAUGCAAAUAUUGCAAUACACUAUGCAUUCUUCGACUCCGAACCUCGUACUCAGAAACUUGAAAGAACAGCUGAACAUCUACUAGCUGCUCUAUACAAGCACGGGCAAGGAACUGCUGCAGGAUAUGUCAAAAAAGUCCAUCAUGACACUAUCAUACCCCAAGCUACUGUUCAGAAUACUUAUGCUCGUCUCAAGGCCAAAUAUGCAAAGACUUUGAUUGAGAAUUGGGCUGAAGCCACAGAUCCUGAAAAGCAUGUUUUCGAAGAUCUGAACAUUGCAGCGUUUCUCAUUGAACUUUGGGCCGAUACUUAUAAAGAUACCGAAUUUCCAGGUUAUGUUGACAUUGGAUGUGGAAAUGGACUUCUUGUUCAUAUUUUAUCCGAGGAAGGUUACAAAGGAUGGGGAUUUGAUGCAAGAGAAAGGAAAUCAUGGAGUGUGUUCGGGCCAAAAACACGAGAGAAGUUACAAGAACUUGUUCUGAUACCUUCAAUUCUAUAUUCAGAGUCAAAUGAAAAUGAAACCUCGGGACCUGAUGUCCAUGACGGAAAUUUCCCUAAAGGAACAUUCAUCAUCUCAAAUCACGCUGAUGAGCUAACUCCAUGGACACCUAUCCUUGCGAACAUUUCUCAAUCACCAUUUAUGAUGAUUCCAUGUUGUAGUCAUGCUCUCAGUGGUGCAAGAUGUCGGGCGCCACCACCCAAAGGAUCUGGAGGUACACCCUCGGCAUACGCUUCUCUUGUUGCAUGGGUCGCGGGUCUCGCUGAAGGAUGUGGAUGGGAAGUGGAAAAGGAAUGGCUACGAAUACCGAGUACAAGAAAUGCGGCUCUAAUCGGACGAAGACGAAAACUAAAUUACGAAAAUGUCGACGUACGAGAGUUUGUUGAGGUAAAUGGCGGAGCCGCAGGCUGGAAGGAGAACGCAUUAAAGUUGGUGACGGGAAAGGCAAAGAAUCAUUGA